AUGAAUGAAGGUGGAAUUAAAGAUAAACCAUUGGAAGAGGAUAAUUUGGGUCUUUUUACAGAGAACAUUUCAAAUAUAUCAAAGUUGAGGAGCAAAAAUUUAAAUAAUGUUAAGGAUGAUCUAAAAAAAGAGGAAGAACCCAAAGAAAAAAAAUAUAAUGGUCAUAGUAAGAAAAAUGCACAAGAAAAUAGUUUUGACAUGAUUUGUUCUAACAGUAACCAAGAAAAAAGAAGAUAUGAUCAAUAUAAUUUAUCACCAUAUUUUGAAAAGGAAAAAUAUAAUAAUUCGAAUGUAGCAAUAAGCCCAUAUCAAUACAGUAAAAACCAUUACAAAUGUAACCCACUGGAUUAUAUAGAAAAUAAAAUAAUAAUGAACAAAGAAGCAAAUAAAAAAUUGAAUAAUACAAGAAAAAAGAAACUAUUAAAAAGCCAAAAAAGUAUAAUUAAAUUGUAUAAUAGAGAGAUAAAAACAGGAGGAGUGGUACGUUGUAAAAAUACCAAAAAUGACGAUAUAUCUCUAAAUUUUGAGGAAGAAAAAAACGAAGUAAAAUGUAGAGAAACUAAUAGUAAUGAUAAUAAGAAUCAAUUGAACAUAGAUGUAGUAGAGAACCUGUACAAUUACAAUGAUUUUUUGUGUUUUUCCCCAAAUGAAAUUCAUAAACAUAAUAUUAAUGGUACCAAUGAUAAUAAAAUAGAUACAGUUAUAAUAGAAGUGUGUAAUAAUAUAAAGAAAAUAGAGAAAAAUAGUAAGAUAAUAAGUGAAAAAGAAAGAAGUGAUAAAUUGCGUAAAAAAGAGGGUUAUGAAGGUAUAAGAAAUAAUGACAUGACUAAUACAGAGAAAGAAAUAAAAAAAAUACGAACGAACUUUAGUGAUGAUAUUUCUACUAAUAUCGGGGAUAAAAAGGCUGAUAGAAACAAAUAUCUUCCAAAUAUUAAUAAAAAGAUCAGUUGUCUAGAAAAUAUAAUAGUCAAUGAAAAUGAUGAAAAAUGGGAUGCGGAAAAAAUGCUCUAUAAUAAUAUACCGCAAAAAAUGGAGCAUAAUAAUAGUGAUAUUGUGUGUGACAUAGACAAAUUACGUAUUGAUAAUCUCAAUAUGCCAAAGGUAAUAUUACCAAUAAACAGUCAAGAAAAUAAAAAGGAAGCGAAUAAUAUAUCCGAAAGGACAAGCAUAAUAUAUAGAGAUAAGCAUAAUGUGUGUUUAAAUAGUAAACCAAAUAGUAAAAUACAUUUAAUUAAAAUUUUGGAAAAAAAAACGUAUAAAGACAGUAUGAUUGUAAAUCCAAUUGAUAAAGAUAAUUCUUCUGAUAAAACAAAUGUGCUUCAUAUUAGAUAUAAAAACAACCCCCUAUCAAAAUGUUGUGAUAAAAUUAAUAAACUAAAUCAUGAGAAUAAUGAAAAUGUGAAAAAACAUAAUAAUAUAUCAAAAACUGAUCUGGGUGUUAGCAGAUUAAAAGUUGGAAAUAGGACGGCAUCCUCUUUAAAUGAAGAUGAAGAAAAUGUUAAUGAAUAUGGUAAAGGAAUAACUACGGGGUGCAAUGUUAUGAAUAAAAAUUCAAAAGAAGACGAAAACAACAUACAUAUAAAAACGGAUAAUAAGGAAAAAAAAAUUAGCGACCAAAAUUUUGUCGAUGUAUGCACUACAAAUGCUAGUAAAUGUGAUGAAGAUAUGAAAGAUACUAAAAAUAGUGAUUCCAUAAAUAACGAAGAUAAUAAUAUCAGGGAAGAGUAUGGAUUAAAAAAAAAAAAAACAUGCUUCUUAAAUAAAUCAACUACUACAGUUAUUUGUGAAAAAAAUAAUGACCGUGUUAAUGGAAAAGAGAAUAACACGUAUGAUAAUAAUGCAUUAUUUGGGAUUGAAUAUGAAAGUGAAUUCAAAGGGGAUAAACGAAAAAUUUCAUACAAAAAUUCAUUGGAUAUUUUGUUAAAAAGUGAAAAAGAAAAUAAAUUAGGAGACGAAGAAAAAUAUGUUUUUAAGAAUGAGUCUCCUUUUAUAAAUGACAUAAAAAGUGAAGAAACAAAUUAUCCCUCAAAAUGUGUGUCAACAGAUGAUGUAAAUAAUGUUUUAUUAAAUUAUGGAAAAAAAAGUGUUAAUAAUUAUGAAAACCUGAACAAUUGUAAUGAUAAUUAUACUAAUAAUUAUAAGAAGAAAAAAAAAAGAACAGGUAUACCAUUGAACGAAAGAAAAUAUUAUAGAGUACUUGCUAAGCAAAUGGUGAAGAUACAAGGAUUGACAUUUGAUCAUAAUCAAAUUAGAUGGAUAGCAUAUUGGAAAAAUGAAAACAAUAAACAGAUUCAGAAACAUUUCCCUGUGUGCAAAUAUGGGUUUUAUAAAGCUAGACAGCUAGCUCUAGAGUUUCGGAACUCGAAAAUCAAUGAAAAGGAUGGAAAUGGAAAAUAUGAAAAGAAUAAAACUAUUAAUAAGAGUGAAACAACAUAUGCAAAAGUGAACAAGAAAGAACUCUCCAAAAAAGGAUCAGAGAAAAUAGAAUCAAUUCUGAAUAGCGGCAAAAAUGUUACGGGUGCGCAUCUAAGUUAUCAUCCCAAGAGCAUUUCAUCUAUGCAUGGGAAUGUGAAAAGCAAGAGUAAAAUUUCAGGAAAUAAAGAAAGUGUAAUUUUUGACAAAGGGAAUAAUACUAACAAUGUAUGCAAUAUAAAUAGUGAUAAAAUUAUACCUUCGAAAGAAAAAAAAUAUGAUUUCAAUUUUAUAGAAAACGAAAACAUAUGGGUAAAUGAUGCUUCAAAUUUUUUAAGAAACAAUGAGCAUCUUAAUGUUAUGUUUACAAAUAAUGGGAAAAUAAAUGAUAUAAACUUCUCAAAUAUAUUAAACAGUGAAGUGAACACAAAACUUUAUGAUAACAAUGGAUUGAUAGGUAAUGUUUCAUCAUUUCACAAACAAAAACAGUUUUCAAAUUGUGUGCCUAUUUCUUCAGACAUAACUAAUUCGGGGAAUUUUCUUUGUCAAUCAAAAAAUGAAAAUGUUAAAGAUGAUGAAAUUAAUAUGCAACAAAAUUCAAUGAGCAAUGAACGAAUUUACCCUAAUGAGGUUCCCAACAAUUGUACAAAUAGUUAUUGUGAAAAUAAUAAUGGAAAUUGUGUACAUAAUUAUAAAAAUUGCAAUUCAAAUGUGAAUAUUUGUAUGAAUAUUUUUGAAAAUACAUAUUAUAACAAAUCGAAUAAUCCUACUUUUUCUGGUGACCAAAAUAAAACGCCAUUAUGGGCGUAUCCUCAAAAUGAUGUUGGAUAUGCUAAUUACUUCAAUAAAUUUGAAGGAAGCAAUAGUAUUAAUAAUAGAGAUAUGAAUGGUAUAUAUACUGAAAAUAAACAAAUUGAGGAUAAAAAAUUUACAGAAUGGAAUCCACAGCCACAAUAUUUAACUUGCAAUAGCAAAGAGAGAAAUGAUUAUUAUUAUAAAAAUGAUAAUUGUACAAAUUUUAGUGAAAAGGUAUUUAUGCACACUAAUAAUAUAGGAACAGAGAAAGAAGGAGUGAAUUAUACUGCUGAAGUGGAACGAUUAGAUUGGAAGUCUCGUUAUAAUUUUAACUAUGUUAAUAAUAUUAUAAAAAAUGAUAAUGAUCUUGAUGGGGUUAGCAUUGAAAGGAAAAACGAAGAGCAUAACAAUGAUACAAAAAGUAUACGUAAUUAUGAUUUGACUAAUAAUGGGAAUAAUAUUUUAUCGAAUAAAAAUUGCAUUUAUCAAUAUCGAACUAGUGACAAUUAUUUUUACGAUGUGAACAAUAAUAUUGGAAACCUUUCAAAUGGUGAUGUAAUAAGUAGAGAAAAAUAUGAAAAAAAUAACGAAUUUGACAAUACUUCAAGCAUGACGAAAAAUACCAUUUUACAUAAAGAUGUAGAAAAUAGUGUAGCUUUGAAUAAGAAAAUAGAAAUUGUGGAUAGUAAUAAAUGUAAUCGUGUUAUCAGAAAAAAUCGAAAGGGAGAUUCGAAAAGCAUUUUAAAUGUAUUUCAUGAUAAUAGAAACAAUAAUUUGUAUUAUAAUAAAGGUAUGUUACACACGUACUUAAGUAAUAGAAACGAAAACAAUGAGCAAGAUUUUACUACAAAAUUUGGCGAUAAUAAUAAUUAUUUUGAAAAUGUAAGUAAUAUUGUAAAUGUAAAGAAAAAAAACAUUUUAAAAAAUAAUAGAAUAAAUAAAAUUUCAAACUCUGAAAAAAUAUUGGAAAAGGAGAAAAAUGAAAUAAGUUGUAACUAUAGUAGCAAAGCUGAAACACAGAAUAGCACAGUUGGGAGGUCGAGAAAAAAGAAAAAAAAGGGAGAAGACAACACCGGAGUGGAGAAAGAAAGAAACAAAAACGAUUUUAAUAUGACAGAGAAGAUUAAUAAUAUAUUGGAAGGGGACCUAAAUAAUAAAAACCCUGAAAAGGAAGCAAUUUUAGAUGAGAUAAUUUUAAAAAAUAGGAACAAAGUAAAAUCCUCGAUAGAAAAAAUAAACACAAUUCAUGAAUUUUACAAAAAUGGUGAAAGAAAAGAAGAUGGAGAAAUCAUAGGGACAAAGGGGAAAGAGAAAAAACAAAAAUCAAAAAAUAGAAAAAAAGGAAGCACAGAAAAAAUGUUUAUUAGUGUAGAUGAAAAUCUUUCAAAUCAUUCUACCUCUAUGCUACAAUUAAUUGAUAUAAACAAUCGAUGUGUAAAUAAAAAUUAUUCAGAUAAUACAUGUUUAAAUUUUUUUAAAAAGGAAACGAACAAUUUAAUUUACCAUACUAGAAUUGGUGAAAUAAAUGAUACUAGUUAUAUUGAAAAUAAAUUUCCAAAUUCAAUUAUAGACAAUAAAAAAAGUGAUAAAAAAUAUAGACCAUCAAAAAAUGAGAUAAAAAAUCGAAACAAUGAAUUAUAUAUAGAUGAAAAUAAUAUAAAAUAUGUUUACAAUGACGAUAUAGCAGGGGAACCAAAAAUUGGAGACGGUAUAAACGAGCCAUAUAUAAUAAGAAAAAGUGAAGAAAAUAAUUUCACCAUCGAAAUUGAUAAUAUGUGUUAUUCUGGAAUAAAUGCAAAUAAGAAGAGAAAAAAAAAAAAAAAAAAAGGAAAUGAAUCAAGUGAGGUAAAAAAUGAUGAUAACAUUGACAAGGUAAGUGAUGGUAACUUCAAAAACUGUAUUGAAAACGUACGAGAAGGUGAACUAGAUAAAUUGGAAAUAUGCAGUUAUAAACUGAAAGGUGAUAAUGAGAAAAAUACCAAAGAAGAUAGUAACAUAAAUUAUUACCAUAAAAUUAUGAAGAUACCCAAAAUGAAAGGAGUACAUUUUGAUAUUAGACAAAAAAGAUGGUGUGCAUAUGGAUACAAAAAAAAAGAAUGUUUUUCUGUUUAUAGAUAUGGGUUUUUAGCAGCAAGAGAAUUAGCUGUUAGAAGCAGAUUAAAUGUUCAAAAAAGGAGAAACAAUUUAAGAUUAAAAAAGAAAACCAAAAAUGAUAUUAGUGUAUCAAAACGAAAAAGCAUUCCAUUGAGAAAUAUUCCAUCUAAGAAAAAAAGGAAAAAAGAGUGUGAAGCUAUUAGUAAUGACAACAUUGAUAAUACUAAUAUAAAUGGAAAUAUACUUUUAAAAGUGAACGGAAUAGUUAGUGAAAAUAAUAAUGGGAUAUAUGAAUUACCCAAUUUAAAUAAGAACAACGAACUAAUUAGGAAUAUAUAUUCCGUAUCUGACUCACACCUAUACGAUAUUCAAAAUGACAAUUUGAUUUCUCAAAAUGAUUAUUACAAAGGUUUGGGAACUGAUAUAUCUGGUGAAAAUGCUUUUAGAAAUUAUCAAGCAGGGCAUAUUUCGAUAUCAAGUUAUCCAAAAAAUGAUAUUCUGGGGGAUCGAAAUUUUAAAAAUGUUACAAGUGAUACAAAUGAUAUGGGUAAUGCAUAUUUGUUAUGUGGUUAUAACAAUAAUGUUGUAAUUGGUAAUAAUAAACAAAACUAUAAUAGACUCGAUAAUGCACCCUAUUUAGUUGGAAUAAAAAUGACAUACGAUGGAAAAAUAAUGGAGAAUCAAAACAGUCUCACCAAUGAAUAUAAUUUAAGCACAAUAGACAUGGACACUCAAAUUAAUAAUAGAACUGAAUUAAAUAAAAUAAAUGAUGAAAAUUAUUUUGGAAAUUAUAAUAUUAAUAGUAUAAAUAUAAAACAAGAUAUUGGUACAAACAAUUAUAUAAAUAGUUAUUCUAAUAAUGAAAUGUGUCUAAUGGAUGGAGAUAGAAAUAAUAAUUAUGUUUUUAUGAAAAAUAUUGAAAAAAAUUUUAAUAUAAAUAGCUAUGACAAUGAAUAUCCCUAUUUUAAUCACACCAAUUUAAAUAUUCCUAAUGAAGAAAUAUUAAGCAAAUGUUUUAUAGGCCCCAAUACACGAAUACCAUUAGCAGACAAAUAUAUAAAUCAUGGAGAAAGGAUUGAAAAAUAUUUUUAUAAAAAAAUAAACCCAUAUGAAAUGGAAAAUAAUGAGGAGGCAUACUAUCAUGAUACAUUUAAUAAUGUAGAUACGAUAAAAAAAUUAAACAGGACAGAAAAUUACACCAAUAAAUUUUUUGAAACAAUUUUAAAUAAUGUUGAAAAUAAUAAUACGGUUAUUAUGAGUGAAAAUACAUUUAGAAAUGACGUCAUUAAUAGAAUCAGCAGUGAUAACAACAUUGAUAAUUUGAACAACUUUUGUCAUGAAAACACGAUGAAAGAAAACAAUUUGAAUGUUGAAAAAGAAAACGCAACGCUUUUGAAUUGGAAUUGUAAUACAUAUUCAAAAUAUGAUGAAGGAAUGUGGAAUAAUGGAAUAGGAAAGGGUGAUAAUAUGGGUAAGCAUAAAAUCGAAUAUAGCAAUAACUAUAAUACUUACAAUGGAAAUAUAUCUAUGCCUUUUUUAGAAUAUUAUAAUAAUAAUUUUAAUGACGUAGAAUGUACUAAAUCGUGCAAUAUUGUGGGUAAAGAAUAUUUCAAUAAUGGAGAACAUGGUAUGGAUAACAAAUCAGAAAUUAGCAAUAUAAAUUAUUGUAUAGAAAAUAAAAAUUUAAAUAUACCAAAAAUACAUUUAUCGCAAAAUCAAUAUGAAAUAACGAAUUUUAAUAAAAAUAUGUGGAUAAGUGAACAUCCCAAAGAAAACGAAAAUAAUCAGUUCGCUAUAAAUGAGACAAAUAUUGAUCAAAAUUAUUUAAAUUCUAAUAAAAUUAAUAAAAAGGACAACAACAAUAAUUAUUAUAUUUUCCCUGAUUGUAACAUUUAUAAUGGUGCAAAUAUCGAAUGUCAAAAUACAAGUCUAUCUAAUGAUAUGUUGACAAUAAAUCCAACUGAUGUUUCUGAGUUUAUGGAGCAGACAAACACUCAAAAUGGGCAAAGUUUUUACCAAGAUAAUGUUAACAAUGUAGGAAAUUUUAGUAAUAUCUAUUGUAAUGGCACCAACAGAAGACGUAAUCUUUGUGGGCAAAAUAAGAGUGGAAUUUCUGUUGAAAUGGUACAAAUAAAUUCACCAUUUCUUCAGAAAACUUAUGGGGAAACUGAAGCAAAAUUAAUACGUUUUGGUGAUAAUAAUACAAAUACCCCUAAAAUAAAUAAUGAAAAAUUAUCGUACAGCAUAAAUGAUAAUCAAAUAAAUAAAAAUUUCAUUAACGAUAUAGAAGCAAAUAAUAACAAUUCCGAAUAUAAACAUAAUAACAUUUAUCCUGAUGUAUGGAGAAACUCAUUUGAUUUACAUUAUACAGAUAGAAAAAAUAUACCAAUUAAAAUCUCAUUUUUAUCACCAAACACACAUAAAGUUGACAAAGUUGUUACUAUUGAUGAAAAUCUAGAAAAUUUUAAUAAUGAAAAUAAUUUUUUAUUUAAUUCUAAAAAUAAUACUAAUAAGGAUUGCAUUGGAAAUAGAGAUGACGAAAAAGAAACAACAGAUUUGAGAAUUACACCCAAUAAAUAUAGUGAUAUAAAUAACUGCCAAAAUAAUAAUAUAUAUAUGAGCAGAAAUGAUAUAUAUACGGAUUAUCAUAAUUCCAAUAAUUUUAACGAGGAAAACACAAAUUUAAAGAUCGAAAAUGAAGAUUUGUGCAACAAUGGAAGUAAAAUGAAUGAAUUCACAAAUAGCUUUAGUCAUGAAAGCAAACAAAUUUAUCAUGAGCAAAAUAAAAUAGACGAUUUGUGGUGGGAAAAUAACAAUGAAAGAGUUUUUACAGAUCCAACAAUUUAUCCUAAUAAUAGCAUCCCAUAUACAUGUGAACCAAAUAAUUUAUUGAAUUCAUAUGUUAAUAAUAUAAGUGAUAAGCAUAAAUUUUUAUUUAAUUAUAACAACUAUGAAGAUAUAAAUUUAAAAAAAAACGAACUGAAUAUAGGUACUGAAUUUUCCCGUAGUAUUUCUGCAAAUGAAAUAGAAAUAAAUAUGCAAUCAUAUGAUGAAAGAAAAAACGAAAAAAAAAAAAAUAUAUGUCAUUAUAUUAACAACGAUAUGGAAUAUAUAAGGCAAGGUAGUAGUUUAAUAAAUGGAAAGGAAGUAAAUCCUGAUCAAAGCUUUAUGAAUAUGUGUAAUUUGCCUAAACGAUUACAAAAUGAUAACCGUGAAAAGAGAAAUAACAAACUAAAUAAAUAUAAUGACAAUAAUAAUAGCAAUAGAAAUGAUGAAAUGAAUCAAAACAUAAAUGGUGACCUAAUUAGAGAUUUAAAUAAUCUUAAUAAUGUAAAAAUAAAUAAUGAUUUAAUUCCAAGGUAUAAUCCAUACAUUUUUUUCAACAAUCAUACAAGUAGAAAUUAUAAUGAUGGUAAUAAUUUUUAUAAUGAACAAAACUGUGUUACGAAAAUCAAAAACGAAAAUAAGGAAUACUAUGAUAUGGAAGGAUAUAAAGGUGUAUUCAAUUCCGUGGAAGGGCAUUUUGGCGAUGUAGAACAAGUGCCAAAAAGAGGGAACGGAUUUAACAGAAAUGAAAAUAUGUUCGAAAGAAGUAUAGAUACAAUAAGUGAUGAGAGUACACAUCUCAAUAUAGGAGGACGACGGAACUUCAUGCAGAGCAACGUUGUAAAUCAUUUUGUGAAUGAUCCAAUUAAAAGUCAAAAUAUGAAUCCACUUGUUGAAAAUAUAAAAAAUAUAAAAAAUAUUAAUAAAAGAAAUGAAACUUGUACGAGUUUAGAGUGUGAUUUAAAUUGUUAUGCUAUAAAAAGGGAUAAUACGGAAAAUAAUUCUGAAGAAAUAAUCAAUAGUAAUGAAAAAAGGAUAGAUGAUGAAGAAGAAAUGCGUAUAGAUGUAGCGGAUAAUUAUAACAUUCUUGAUGAUGAUAUAGAAAAAGGGCGAAAAAACCCAAAAAUAAUAAAACAUAUAAAUAAUUUCACAUAUACAGAUAAUAAUAUUCUUAAAAAUAUAAAAUUUUCUAGCCAAACCAACAAUAUCAAAAAGGGGGAAACAUUUAUAGAUAAUAAUAAAUACAUUUCAAACAUUUUUGAAAAAGAAAAACAUAACAAGAAAAUUUUUCAUCACGAAAGGAAAUAUAAAUGGAUGACAGAUGAUAGGGAUAUAAGCAUAUGUUUUCAAAAAGGGCAUAAUAAUAAUGUUAAUGGUAUUAAUUCUGUUGGUAGCUCUAUUCAUAGAAUUAAUAAAAAAGGGACAAUAUUAAAAAAUGUGCAAAUAACGAACAAAUUCAAUAAUAAAUUUAUGAAAAAAUGCCUACAAAUAGAUAUAAGCUUUGAUAAGAAUUUAAAAAAGAAAUAUACACAAAAUGAGAAAUUAAUUAAUAAUUACCACAUAUCCAUAUUCAAAAAUAUUAGCAUUAGCAAUAUUUUAUCGCUUCGAUGCAACAUUAGAAGGAAAGAUACAUUAAUGGAAUCCUAUUGCGAAUAUAUUUGCCUAACAUUACACGAUAUAAACGUGAAUAGAUCUAAAGAUGCAAGCAAGACAAUUUACUUUAAAAAGGUGAUAUACAAAUUUUUAAUCAUUGAUUUGUUUAAAAAUUUAAACCCCAUAGAUUUUUCAAAUAAUGGGAAUAUAGUGGAAAAUAAUGAUAAGCUAGGUAAACAUCCAUUGUUUGAAAAUUUAUUACGUGAAAAAAAAAUACAAAAAUAUAUUAAUAUAUUAAAAAAAGUUGAAAAAUAUCAUAUCGAUAUUAUAAACAACAUGUAUGAUCUCAAAUCCAUACAAUUGUAUAUAGAUAUUUUUGUUACAUGCUUACUAAAAAAUAUCCCAUCAAGCAAGUUGUCAUAUGAUGAACACAAUAUGCUCAUAAGAUCACUUUUGUUGUUUUACUUUGAUAGUAAUAAAUAG